CCACAAGCCAAAUGAAAUCAUUUUAAAAAAGAGCUUUCUGCCCUUAAAAACAUGGCUUGUAAAUGAGAAUUAGGACAACUGGAGAUGAGGAGUAUUAAUGCUACCAAACCAGUUUUGCAAGAAAAGCUUGAUCAUGUAAACAACCGUUUGUGAGUGUCAACAUUUUAUGCUUUUUCUUACCUGUUGGUGGCUUUGUCUCUUUCCUAAUCGUCACCUGCUGAUUUCUUGCUGCGUCACUGUGACCUGAUACUGUCCACGGAGUUGUGUCUACCUCAUAAGCUAUUAAUGCACAUCAAAAUAUGAGUUAAAAACGUUUUUUGUGAAUGUUCACUGCUUAAGCAAUCUUAACGGUGUGCUAAGUACAAAGAGAAUUUUAUUCAGACAUAAUCUGUGUAACUUAUGUCAUAUGGGAAUUUAAUAUUGCAACAACAGCAAUCAACAUUAGUAAUCAAAAUGUAGUUGUCAGGCAUUUCAUUGUUGUGGCUGCAAAGUGAUCAAAUUGCAUUUAAAAAAAGUGUUUAUGUGUUGAUCGGUGGCAUUUGCUGCAAUGCUCUGUGGGUCAAAGCUAGGGGUUGGUUGUAAAGACCCCGUGAUCUGAUAUUUAUAGUCGGGGGAAUAUAAAUAGCACCAGUUUGUGUGGGUACUGAGGAGCGCACCGGCCUUCCUGGUGUAGAAAGUAUUGAGCGAGCACAGCCAUUUGACCCAAGGUAAAAAAAAAAAAAAAAAUGCACACACACAAAGAAGAAAUACUUAAUCUAGUUGAGAACUUCACUGAUUAUUGCUUUUGAAGGUCGUUGCUGUUGUAGUAUAGCCCCUUGUUGAUCUGUAGCCUAUUACUAGUAUUUGUAAGACUUGAAUUUCCAUGCUAUGUGGUUGAAUUUCAAAUGCCUAGUGGCGGCCUAUGUUGUCUUUAUGAUAUUUUCCCUGCUACCUUAACAUUAAUGGUGCUCACAGCAAUCAUUUUUGCAGUGUGAUCCUCCACGCUUUUCUUUUGGCCAUGCUGAGCAAGAAAUGCUGUAAAUUCCACUCUGAGCAGUUGUUGGACAAAAACAUGGGACACAACAGGGUGGAAUGGAAUCAUUAGAUUUAAUAUCCUGAAUGCAUUUUGGUGUCACUAAACAUAGAACAAGAAUACAACUGACUGCUGCUACUGCAUGCUGCACUGCACUGUGCUGUGCUGUAGUUGGUAUUCAGGGCUGCAAGUGGUGUGCAAGUUCCCAGAUUUAAUGAUCAUGUUUACCUCAUGCCCGUGUCUUUUCACAGCAGCCCCUUCUGCAUUAACUCUUUGGAUUAACAGAUGAGCACAGAAGCAGAAGAUGACUUUAAUCAGUCGGAGGAUGACCUGGAUGAAGAUGAGGCCACGCAAUAUAUAAUUGAGCAAAGUCUGAUGCAAUAUAGAAAACUCAAAGGAUUGAAUCCGAGCGAUCUGAAACCCAGUGAAGAUCCGGAUGAGAUUUUUAAAGCAAUCAAGGAGGGUGAUGAAAGUGCACUGAACAGACUUGCAGAGCAACCGGAGUGUUUCUCCAGAGUUGAUGAACGCGGAUGGAUCCCUCUGCAUGAAGCUGCAGUGCAGAAGAACAAAAGUAUACUAGAGAUUAUCUUCUCAGCAUCACCUCCGGGUGCAGCCGAGUGUCGUACUGUAAAGGGUGAGACGCCACUAUUUCUGGCUGUGGUCCAUGGACUCAGAGAGAACGCUACAUUCCUGUUACAGAAUGGUUGUAGUCCGGAUAGCCAGAACGAUGAGCAGGAUUCUCCAUUAGUGGCAGCGAUUCUGAAUGACCAGUAUGACUUGGCCACACUAUUGCUUCGUUAUCACGCCAAAAUAGACCAAAUAGGUCCACUAAACAGGACAGCUCUACAUGAGUCUGCCUUCUUAGGUUUGGAGAACUUUGCCUAUCUGCUCCUGGAAUCUGGUGCCGACCCAAACGCAUGUGACAUUAAGAAGAAAACUCCACUGGCUCUGGCUGCACAGAAUGGACAUCUUAGCGUGGUUGAGGUUCUGUUACAGAAAGGAGCCCAUGUGUGGUCUGAAUCGGAGACAGGUACUGUUUUGUUUGAUGCAGCAGCAUCAGGAAACCCUGACAUAAUCUCUCUGCUGCUGGAUCAUGGAGCAGAUCCCAACCUUCCUCUUUACAGCGGACACCUGCCAAUUCACCGGGCGGCAUGCCACGGACACAGACUGGCACUGGAGCACCUCAUCCCGGUGACUAAGAUGCACGCUGUAAAAGAAAGUGGGAUGAGUCCGCUUCAUUCUGCAGCUGCCGGGGGACAUGCUCAGUGUGUGGAGUUACUGAUCAAAGCUGGCUACGACCCAAACUUCAUGCUGCACCCAAAGGUGCGCCGCAGCUAUGAUGAUGAGCGUAGGUCUGCCCUCUUUUUUGCGGUGUCCAACAAUGAUCUUCAGUGCACCCGCUUGCUGUUAGAGGCUGGGGCAAUGGUGAACCAGGAUCCUGUCAGCUGUCUACAGGUGGCUCUUAGACAGGGCAACUAUGAAAUGAUCAACACCUUGCUGAAGUUUGGGGCAAAUGUCAACUACUACUCCCGCGUCAACACCACUCACUUCCCCUCGGCGCUGCAGUACGCUUUGAAGGAUGAGGUUAUGCUGAGAAUGAUCCUGAACCACGGAUAUGAUGUUAAGCGCUGCUUUGACUGCCCUUAUGGUGACAAUUCCCAUGACUAUGCUCCUUGGACGACUGCAGUCAUCAAAGACAUGGUGUUCUGUGAGGUGAUAACAGUGUCCUGGCUAAAGCACAUAUCGGCCCAAGUGGUCCGCAUCAUGCUCGACUACACCGACCACGUCUCCUUCUGCACCAAACUGAAAGACUGCUUGCAGGAGGAGAAGCAGUGGCAGGAGAUCUGUCACCUUCAAAGAAAUGCACGGAGCCUGAAGCACCUGUGUCGGUUGCGGAUAAGGGAACAUCUCAGCCGUCUGCGGUUGAGAGCACCAGUUUUUAUCAACUUCCUUCCUCUUCCUCCCAGGCUGAAAGAUUACCUACGCUACAAGGAGUUUGAUGUUUACAGCAGAGGCAGCUUGGUUAGCCCCUGACAAAAACAGAUGUCACUGUUACAUAGAGACAAACAAGUGUUAGCUUUCUGCCUUAUGUGUUUUGAAAAUUACGUGUUUUACAUAUCCUGGAAAAAUAGGAAUACAGCAUGAAAUUAAAUAGUACAUUUUAACCAUUCUUUUAACAAGAGGAAUUAAUAUUUGUAUUCACAGCAAACAAAGUACGUACAACAGAAUGGACAUCAUGAAAUGAGUGGAGUCAUCAACCAAAAAUCACAAGUCAGGAAGGAGUCAAACAUCUGUGGCACAUGGAGUUAAUGACAUCGUGCAUGCUGCUUGUGGGAUAUUGUUCCACUCUUCCAAACAAUUUGGUGAACUUGGCGGACAUUUUUUGGGGACAAAAUCAUGUAAUGCCACUUUCUCAUGUGGUAGAUUGUCUGUUGUACCAUGCUCUCGGAAACAAUUUCUUAAAUUACAAGUAAUGGAGUUGUGGACGCCUAACUGACAUACCAGCAUCCAGCAUGCCAAUACUCCGUGUCUUUGUCUCGUCAUCUGUGGCAUCUUGUCUUUUGAAUAAAGCUGCAUUUGAAGAUGGUCUUUUAGAA